GCGCGGGAAGGAGGAGCGCCGGGACGGUCCCCUCCGGCCGCCCUUGGGACUCCUUGGCGGCCCAGACAGGAGGGAAGUCGGCGCCGAGGAGCCCGUUCUGCAUUUUGAUUCAUCUUGGGCCCUGCAAGGGUCACAUCUUGUGAAAAUACCUGUAAAAUCAAUUUAACGUUCAGUGCAGCGUGUAAAGACAGCUCUAAGACGCCUGAGUCAGAACAUUUAAAUGCUUGGGUCCCUGUGGCAGCGUUUUAACACGUCUGAGAGCAGAGGGUGGAGAAUCGAGUCUUGAUUGCCGCCAUCGCGCACGCCCUGUAACAUUUUUAAAGGAAGCUUGUUUUUCGGACAGCUCGGAACAAGUGGACAGAGAUAAGAACGCUGGAUGGCGUCUGGGGAUUUCUGUUCCCCUGGAGAAGGGGCAGAAAUACUUCACCAAGUGUGCAACAAGCAGUUUCCUCCUUGUAACCUGAGUGAAGAGGACCUGCUGCAGAACCCAUACUUCAGCAAACUGCUGCUGAGUCUCUCACAGCAUGUGGAUGAGAGCGGCUUAAGCCUCACCCUCGCAGAGGAGCAGGCUCAGGCUUGGAAGGAGGUGCGAGUGCAUAAGACAGUAUGGCUAAGGUCAGAAAUCUUACAGAGGAUCAUUCAAGAGCUGCUUGUGGACUACUAUGUAAAGACACAAGACACAAAUAUAACUUCUGAAGACAAAAAGUUUCAUGAGACCCUGGAACAGCGACUACUUGUGACUGAGCUGAGCCGGCUCCUGGGUCCCAGCCAGGAGACAGAGAGGCCUCCGCUGCUAGGCCUGGAGAAAGCAGACCUUCUGGAACUCAUGCCACCCUCGGAGGAUUUCACAUGGAUGCGAGCCCGGCUCCUGCAGGAAGUGGAAGAGCAGCUCAAAAAGAAAUGCUUCACUCUGCUUUGCUACCACGACCCCAAUUCAGAUGCUGACAGCGAAACCCUGAAGGCAGUCAAGGUGUGGAAGCUGGCGGAGGUGCUGGUGGGAGAAAAGCGGCAGUGCCAGGACGCCAAGCGCCAGCAGAAGGAGCAGAUGGUGCUGUUGGAGAGGAAAAGCGCCACCUACUCCCAGGUGCUCCUCCGCUGCCUGGCCUUGCUGCAGAGGCUCCUGCAGGAGCACCGGCUGAAGACCCAGUCAGAGCUGGACCGCAUCAACGCCCAGUACCUGGAGAUCAAGUGUAGCGCCAUGAUCCUCAAGCUGAGGAUGGAGGAGCUCAAGAUUUUGUCCGACACUUACACUGCUGAAAAAGUGGAAGUUCAUCGCCUCAUCAGGGACCGCCUGGAGGGAGCCAUUCGCCUUCAGGAGCAGGACAUGGAGAAGUCGCGGCAGGUUCUGAACACCUACGAGGUGCUGGGGGAGGAGUUUGACAGGCUGGUGAAAGAGUACACGCAGCUCAAGCAGGCAACCGAGAACAAACGCUGGGCCCUCCAGGAGUUCAACAAGGCCUACCGCUGAAAGGGCCAGGGCCAGGAAAUGCCUCUCCUGAACACAGCCACUGCCCCCUAGGGCUGCCCACAGGAGCGAGAGGCGCUUGCUGAAAACACUAGGGUUGCUUAGCCACCCUCCUGCUUUCUCUUCAUUGUUCACAGUGACUGAGCCCUUUCUGGAAAACUCAGCAAGCACAUUUGUAUCAUUCCAUGAUUAGUUGUUCAGUGAGGUCAGCCCUGCAUUGUGCCUAUCUUCUAAGUAAAGUGAUAUUAUUAUA